AUGGGCGUGCUCACUUCAUACUACACUUACGGUUUGCCGACCUUUCUGGUCGUAGUGAUAGGCCUCUAUCUUCUCUUUACCGGUUCCGGCGAGGCCUUCAAUGUUGGUCGUUUCUUGGAAGAGACAAGCCCGUAUGCUUGGGCGGCGACCGGAAUCGGUCUUUGCAUUGGUUUGAGCGUGCUGGGCGCUGGAUGGGGUAUCUUCAUUACCGGGUCAUCCAUCCUCGGCGGAGGUGUUCGAGCACCCCGGAUCGGAACCAAGAACCUGAUCAGUAUCAUUUUCUGCGAGGUCGUGGCCAUCUACGGUGUCAUCAUUGGCAUCGUCUACUCUUCGAAGAUCACGAACGUUCCCGAGACGGAGCUCUAUACCCGAGAGAACUACUUCACAGGCUAUGCUCUGUUCUGGGGGGGACUCACAGUUGGCGCGUGCAAUCUCCUGUGUGGCGUCUGCGUGGGGAUCACAGGCUCGACCGCCGCGCUCGCCGAUGCAGCCGACCCAGACCUGUUCGUGAAAAUCCUCGUCGUGGAGGUCUUCGGGAGCAUAAUGGGUCUCUUCGGACUCAUUGUCGGACUGCUCAUGAUUAGCCAAGCGAAUGAGUUCUCGGCCGGAGGAACCGUCUCCGCGGCGCCGGCUGUCGCAUCGCACUUCGUACACCGAUACGUCGACUUGUGA